ACUGCGUGCCACUGCGUGCCAGUGCCACAAGGAGGAUCUCGCUGUCUCUCUCAUUUCAUGCGAAGGUAGAUAGGAUCGUGUACGAUAGAGAUUUCACUCGGAACAAAUUCUCUGAGAUCGUAACGCAGAUCGCUUGACUACCCGGGUAAAAUAAGACCGUUGCUAUUGACCAAACGUGAAUUCCACCUGUGGAAUAAGAGCGUGGAAAUAGCCUACGUGAAUUUUAUGCUGAAGCAGGGGCAGGCGGUCCUCUCAUGAACACGUGUUAUCAGAUUCCUGCAGCACCUCCAGUCCAACAAUCACCACCACCGUACAACCCCGAUCCGGUUGGCAGACCUGUAACACGCAGUCAAACCCGGCUGGGAGACCAGGGAGGUGCAGACGUCAAAUCAUGCUCACCCCUCAACCCAUUCAGACCUGACCCCACAGCUCAGUCCACCCCGGACUCUGCAUGGUCAAUCCACGACCCAUCCCCCUGGAGGGGCACAGCCGGCAGAAUUGUGGAUUUUCUUAGUCCUAACACCACCAUGGACAGUAAACUGGAUGGGUCUUAUAUUCAAGCCCCCAUGUUUCAGGUUCCAGGGCCACAGGAUGGACUACCUGCCUCCCAUCUGCCCACCAUAAAAAAUGGCGUGGCUUUUGGAAAAGAGUUCCUGACGUUAUGCAAAGACAUAACAGCCAUCUGUGCUGCUGUGGUUGCGGCGUUCCAAGUCAACAUGGCACUCAUCAACAGCACGAAACAAGGUAAAGCCGAAGAUGUAACAUUUUACUAUCAGCGUCUUGUGGCUGCCUUUCAGAUUCACAUCGGCCUCGAGGAGCCCACAGACAUAACCAACAUGACUGUGUGGGAAACUCAUCUCAAGAACGCCUUCAUGAACAGGCUUCUGCCAGACGUCAAAACUGCCACUGAACACUCUGUCGUGGGUCUGGAAGAUGCCAGGCUCACAGAAGUGGUAAAACAUGCACGACACAACUAUAAAAUGCAUGUGGAAAAUCAAAUGUGUCAAGACAAACGCAGCAAGCAGACUGGGGAGAAAGCCCAGCUUGCAAUGCUCCAAGCCGUAAAACAGUUGACACUGGGUGCAGAAGGAGGACGAGACCCCCACCCAUCCGGAAAUUGUUAUGGGAGGGACCAACAGAGAGGACGAGCGUAUGGAAUAAAUCAUGGGAGAAGAGGGCGUUUUCAAGGAGGGGCCCCACAAGAAGUGCAACCCGAUGAAUGCUUCCUCUGUGGCAAAACAGGACAUUGGUACAAAGACUGCCCCUACCGUCCAAACCAGGUACGUCAGCCACAUGGACGACAGCGCCACGCCGGGAGUGACAGAGGGGGUCAACAAUUUGGCACUUCAGACUGAUUGUGCGAUGGGGAGGGAGAGCGCAUGUGUGAAGGAGGACCGACUGCUUCCUCUCCAAAACAGGGAAGUGAAACACACCACACACACACAAUGCUGCAACGAAGACCUGCUUCCUCGCACGCACACCCAC